AUGUCGUCUCCUUUGUUUUUGCAGCUCGGGGGCUACAUCCCUUUGCCUCCUGAAGAUGGUAACGAGGUUGCAGCUGUGGAGCCCCCGCCAGUCGUCCCGUACUCCCCGGACCCCCAACCCAACACCGACAGCUCCGCGCACGACUCCCACAGGCCGCCUGAGAGUCCCGUCCACCCCGACUCUGGUCAUCACUCACGCUCACACCUGGACCCGCAUCACCCGACCCACACGGACCCACGUCACCCGACCCACACGGACCCGCAUCACCCCACCCACACGGACCCACGUCACCCAACACACACGGACCCGCAUCACCCGACUCACACGGACACACAUCACUCGUCAAACCCUGAUCCCAGAUACCCGACCCACCAUGACCCCAGGUACCACCCUGACCCUCGGUAUCAGCCGGAUCCUCGGUACCCCGUCCCCACAGAUCCCAGAUUUCCAAGUUACUCCGACCGCGUGAAUCAACCAGACGGUAGGUAUGUGCACCCACCUCAUGAACGCCCCACGUAUCCGGACGCCCGCUACCCCGUCACACCUCAGCGAAGACAACCUCCUCCCGUGCCUGAGACUCCAGUCCACCAUCAUACCUCAGGUCCAGGGCUGCACCUCAUCGCCUUAAACAGCCCGCAGACCGGCGCCAUGCGGGGCAUCCGCGGCGCAGACUACAUGUGCUUCACUCAGGCUCAGGCCAUCGGGAUGAAGGGAACUUUCCGGGCGUUCCUGUCUGCCAGACUCCAGGAUCUCCACAGCAUCGUCCGCAAGGUCGACCGGGACCGUUUGCCAAUCGUCAACCUGAAGGACGAGGUUCUGUUUGACAGCUGGGACGCCAUCUUCAACAACGGCCGAAUGAAGGACAACGUGCCGAUCUACUCGUUUGACGGAAAAGACGUUCUCAGUGACAACACAUG